AUGCCUCCUCUCAACAGCGCUCAGAAGGCGCUCGUUGCGCAGUUUGUUGCAGCUACGGGGGCCAAUGAGAAGACUGCACAACGGUUCCUCAAGAAUGCCAACUACAGGCUGGACCUCGCCGCCGAUACUUACCUCAGCAGCGGUGGCGGCGCAGACAGUGGACGUGUCGCAGCCAUCGAGAAGGCGUACGAUGACCUCGUCACCCCAGCUCGAGGUGACACCAAGGAGUCCCUCUCCGCUGAGACAACCCAAGAGUACCUCGAAGCCCUGGGCGUCAACAUGGAGAACGCCGAGCAGUUCGUCGUGAUGGAACUCGUUCAGUCACCCAGCAUUGGUGAGAUCACACGCAACGGUUUCGUCAACGGAUGGUCUACUACCGACCUUACCACCUUCGGCAAGACCGCCCAGAAGAACCACGUCCGUCGCCUCAUCAACCAGCUCUCUACCGACCCCGCCCUCUUCAAGAAGGUCUACCGCCACUCCUUCAUCGCCGGCAAGGAGGCCAGCCAGAAGUCCAUCCCCCUCGAGCACGCCAUCGUCUACUGGCAGCUGCUCUUCGCGCCCCCAGGCCGCCCCUGGAAGUCUGCCAACCGCGACUGGGCCAAGCUGUGGGAGGAUUUCCUGACUGAGAAGUGGACCCGCUCCGUCAACAAGGACAUGUGGAACAUGACGCUUGAGUUCGCCAACAAAACGAUCGAUGACGAGGCUCUGAGCUUCUAUAGCGAGGAAGACUCGUGGCCCGCCGUCGUCGAUGAAUUCGUGGCUUGGCACCGCAAGCGGGAGCAGUCGGAGGCCAUGGACGUCAACUAA